AUGGCCAGCCAAUUCCACCGAAUCAGCCUUAGAGACAGUCUAGGGGUCCGUGCAAUAAUUAUACUUGCCUUAACUCCUCCAGUCAUUCUAGGAACGCUUGGCUUUAUUGCAUUUCUAUGGUUUGGGAAUCACGACAACCAGACAUGGCGCAGGUUCAUGGUCCAUUCGUGGGUCACUCGAGCAGUUUCAAUCGCGGCUUUGAUCAUCCGCUUAGCCACCAGUCUACAAGCUGGUAUUGCCGUAGCUAUGCUCGCUGCUCUUGCGCUGGAGCAUUAUGGAGUUCCGCUCAUUGAUGCCGUCGCUCUUGCUGUCAUGAGAUCUGGGGAGACGACACCACAAACACUUUUUGGACGGACUGUUUUGGGCUUUACGAUGAAACCAAAGAACCUACAUUGGAUCUAUACCCUCUUGACUCUCCUGCUUUUCGCUACUACCAGCAUACUUCAACUGACCUCUACGGCGCUCUUGUCAGACCUACAGCUCGGCCCUCUCCCAGGGUACUCUAAUUCAAGCGCUCUUAGCUACGAUUUCCAGUGGAAUAUGACGGCGCUUAGCGAGAAGCAGAACACUUUUAUUCCUAUGAUACGAAGACAAACGCCCUGGGCGAGAAAUCCACAAUUUUACCCAACAUUUGCCGAGUUCUCAUCUCCUGCUCCUCCUCGCAGCGAUGUUGAUGACACGGGGGUCCUCCUACGAGCGUUUCUGCCUAUGACAGAUAGUCAGCAGCGGAACAUCCUGCGCAAUUACACUGGUAAAGCAUUUGUCUUGGACUCGCGGGUUGCUUGUCAGCAACCAAUCUUGACGGAUCUGCAAAUGUCAUGGGAUCCAAGCAGCGGCAGUGUAUUCAGCGUGAAUGGCAACUACGCAAACUCCACAUCCAGCGAAGGACUUUUGACUCCCUCUAGGCCGGUGUCUUUUAUGUGCCCUAGCUACUUUUAUUCAGAUGGAUACACAGUCUGCCAGCUGCAGGGCUCCGGUAACUUCAGCGGCAAUCCGGGAGGAGCUUUGCAAAGCGCAUUCAUAAAUGCUACAGAUUACAAUCCCCUUCCGUACUCGCUUUCACCCAUGAGCAUAUUCGGAGCUCCAUACCUAGUCUUCAACUCGACUAUCGACGUCCUUGCUGUGACUCAUGAAGGAGAGCCUCCACUUGACCUGGUUGCUGGCCAAACCGCGGUCCCUGGUGUCUGGACUCAUUGGCAGGUGCCCACCGACGAAACCUACGAAAGCAAUCCCUCAGGAUUUGUCGCCGACUUUAACAUUACGUUGUGCUACACAGCAUUUGAUACAGCUGGCCUGGAAGUCAAUUUAUACGGCGACUCGAUUCGCACCGAACCACUUCCACAAUUCCAACCAUCUGAACAAAGUUAUACUUUCGACGACAUUAUUAUACAGCUUGGUAAUAAUAACACUAAAGCGAGCGCUGCCGAUCGUGGUAUCCUGCAGAUGGAAGAGCGUGACUCGUGGAUCCCAGAGGUUGAAGACACUCGUCCUGGGGGUGUGCAGCCUUGGAUACAAGGCAUGACGGAUAUGGAAACUGUAUCCAUUACUCCUUCACACUUGAUCGGCCACUAUACGUCUGGAAACUCAUCAUGUGUUCUAGACCUGGCAGACCUGUGGUACAUAACGUCGGGCAUGGUCAAUGCCGAUCCCUCGCUAAUCCAACUCUUCACCCAGAGCAUGGCAACCAACCAGUCUGUUGCAGCUAGCAUGUCCUCACUCCUGACCGUUUUGGCAAGCAUGGCUUACUAUGAUCAAAUCGCCCAGUUCCAAACCUCUGACCAAGUCAGCCAGGUCUAUUUUGAAACAGUCUUGUUUCCACAGCAUUCUCGAGGCUUUGCCGCGCUGGUGAUCGUGUUAUGUCUACAUGUUUUCAUCGUUGUCACCGCCGCUGUCAUGUUUCGGCGCCUAACCCAUUACACCAUGAUUGGAAACGCAUGGCAGAGUGUUGCUCAAGUUGUCACGCCUAUGACGCAAGGAUUAUUGAUUGACAACACGCUUGCAAAGGAUUCGAGUGUGAGCAGACAGUUGAGACAAGAGGGAAGAAUGGCAGAUAGAGUAAAGGUCGGGUAUUUGGAAGAUAGUGACAAUGGGAGAUAUGGUCUUGUUCAUGCCGGGUUGUAUAAGAGGCGGAAUAAGGUUCAAAUGGGAAUUGGCAUGGAUCCUCUUGUGCCUCGAAGGAUGGACCACGAAUCUAAGUAAGCUACAAAAUGCAUAUGUCAAUCAAAGCUCAAGUCUUCAAAAGGAAUGGGGGCAAUUUUGUCUGCCUGAAUGAGAGUACGAAUGUUGCGGCCAAACGUACGGAGAGUGCAG